AGCCAGGCCACCACUGCCGCAUCACCGCUAGGUGGACCUGGUUAGUGGGCGUAGCGGGCACCAGCCCCAACUCACGGCCCUUGCAGAGAGAGGCUGUUCCCUCUGCCUGCACUGCUCUUCCCAGAUUCUGUCCCGUCGGAUACUUGAUAUCUCGGGUCUGGCCCUGGCUGCAGCCCCUAUGCCCUCCCAUAUCCCCUUUCUUUUCUGAGUUCUAGUCCAGGGUGUGGCGUGCGGAAGGCGCUCGAACCUAUACCCCUUCACUCCUUUGUUCACUCCUCGCCUGGUGAUCUCAAGGGGUUCGUGGGGCCAGGCUGCCUCCACCAUCCGGCUGGGGCCGAGGAGCCAACAAGAGCCGAUCCCUGCGCCCAUCCGUUUCGUUGGGGGGAAGGCCGUUUCCCGAGGCUGCAGAGGGGUCUAACUGGCCCGGGAGAGUCGCGGGGCCUCCGCGGGAUACUGCCUUCCCGUCCUCCAUUACUGUGCACCACCUCCCGCCCGCCGCGCGCGGACAGGUGCACGGCACGCGGACUGACAACCCGAGCCCACUCCCGUCCCGCCCCGCCCCUGUCUCCGCGGCGCCGCCGAAAGCGCGCUCCGGCCGCCCCACGCAAGCGCGACGUUGGUUCAGCCUCCGGCAGGGACCGGAAAUACGGCCUGGAGGCGGCGGCGGCCAAGCUCCACCGAGACACCGGAAACGUGUCGUCACCCAGCACUCCCCUGCGCCGCGGCCACAGCGCACUUCAGUUCCGCCCGCGUCUCGGCCCGGAAGUGCGGCCUUGACGGGGGUGAGCCGGAGGCGGCUACGGCCGGACCUGGUGCCUGAGGAGGAACAGGAGGUGGGGUCGGGCGGGCAGCCCCCUGCCAGGGAGAACCGCUGGGUGCGCGCUGAGGCGGAUGCGAGGAGGCGCUGCAGGACCAGGGCACCGCGCCGGCCAGGGCGCCGAGGCGGAAAACCUGGAGCGGCGGCGCCCGGGACUGGUGGUGCAGCCGAAGCGGAUCUGAGACUGGGCCCUGCGCGCAGGAUGGCAGCGGCAGAGGCGGUGCACCACAUCCACCUGCAGAACUUCUCACGUUCGCUGCUUGAGACCCUCAACGGGCAGCGGCUGGGCGGGCACUUCUGCGACGUGACCGUGCGCAUCCGCGAGGCUUCGUUGCGCGCGCACCGCUGCGUGCUAGCCGCCGGCUCGCCGUUCUUUCAGGACAAGCUGCUGCUCGGCCACUCGGAGAUCCGCGUCCCGCCCGUAGUGCCCGCACAGACGGUGCGCCAGCUCGUUGAGUUCCUCUACAGCGGCUCCCUGGUGGUAGCGCAGGGCGAGGCGCUGCAGGUGCUCACCGCCGCGUCGGUGCUGCGCAUCCAGACAGUCAUCGACGAGUGCACGCAGAUCAUCGCUCGUGCCCGCGCCCCUGUCCCGGGUGCCCCUGCACCCGCGCCCGUGCCCACUCCGGUGCCCCCGCCGCUCGCGCCCGCGCAGCUGCGCCACCGCUUACGGCACCUGCUGUCUGCGCGUCCCCCAGGCCAACCCGGCCCCGCGCACAGCCGCAAGCAGCGCCAGCCUGCGCGCCUGCAUCUGCCGGCUCCUCCGGGACCCGCCAAGGCCGAGGGGCCCGAUGCCGACUCUGCACCCUCUGCGCCCCCUGACGACGGCGGCGGUGGUGAUGACGAUGACGAGACAGACGGCGAGACAGACGGCGACGACGGCGAAGACGGCAGCGGCCCCGGCGAGGGCCAGGCACCACACGCCUUCCCGGAUUGCGCUGCUGGCUUCCUCCCCGCAGCUGUGGACCGCGCGCGCGACAACGCCCCUGCGCCCGCCAGCCUCCCUGACUACGGCGGUGCGGGGAGGGACUUCCUCCGCGGGGCAGCGGCAGCGGAGGACGUGUUUCCCGACAGCUACAUCUCCUCCUGGCACGACGAAGACGGCGCGGCCGAAGGCUGUCCGGCCGAGAACCCCGCCCCCGCCGCGCCUGACUGUGUCCUGGCGGGUCGCCGCCAACCGGGCGUGAAAACCCCCGCGCCGCCCGCCGCGCUCUUUCCCUUUCACUUGGGGACUCCAGGGCCGCCUGCGCCCUCGGGGCCGAGCCCUGCACCCCCACCUGCUUUCUACCCGGCGCUUCAGUCCGAUCCUACCCAGGGCUCGCAGCUGGGGGAGGCCCCAGCCACACCCACGCCUCUUGCCCCGGCCGCUUCAGGCACUCCCGCGCGGGCCGCGGGCGCGGAGCCAACCGCCUAUGAGUGCAGCCACUGCCGCAAGACGUUCAGCUCGCGGAAAAACUACACCAAGCACAUGUUCAUCCACUCGGGGGAGAAGCCGCACCAGUGCGCCGUGUGCUGGCGAUCCUUUUCGCUGCGCGACUACCUGCUCAAGCACAUGGUCACGCACACGGGCGUGCGCGCCUUCCAGUGCGCGGUCUGCGCCAAACGUUUCACGCAGAAGAGCUCACUCAAUGUGCACAUGCGCACCCACCGCCCGGAGCGCGCGCCCUGCCCGGCCUGCGGCAAAGUCUUCUCGCACCGCGCGCUGCUGGAGCGCCACCUGGCGGCUCAUCCCGCGCCCUGACCCGGGCCGGGCCACGCCCCGCAAUCCUCGGGAUUGGCCGAGCCUCGCGAAGCUCGGCCACGCCCCCCACCGGUCCCGCCACGCCCACCUCUGGGCGGGACAGGCCCUCACCUGCUGCGGAGUCACUCGAGACUGUGCCGCUGAAGCUCUGCUUCGCCUCGCGGUGCUCCAGGGCUGGCUCCACCCGCCGCCGUCCCUAGACCACACUCCCGCCACCAGACCCCGCGGUCGCCCCUGAACACAGGGGCCCUCUGCCCUGAUCCCAUCUCUUUUCCAGACCUCACCGGGCCCGCCUCUCUGCUCCUUCUCCUCCCACUUUCUGGGUCCCUCCUGGUGGCAGCGGGCCAGGUGGGAUAGUCAGGGACCCGAACACCUCUGAAAGCUGACCCCGAGGCCCAGGUUCACGCUCUCCCCCCCACCCCCAUGGGUGGAGGGGAGUCCCCGGGUGCCACCCGGCUCCCCACCCAAGAACACCCCUCCUCGGCCCUGAAGAGGCUCAGGUGAACCCAGCAAGGACCUCGGGCCGGACUUUGGUACAUCCUGCCCUAAUAAAGGAUGGUGGGCCGUGGAGUGUGAGCCUGAAGCUGUGA